AUGGAGGCGGAACUUCAAGCUCAAAUCCCUGGCCUGGACCGGGUCGUCUCCGAAUAUUCUGUGGGCUAUCUUACCCAUGCCUCACAUGCCUAUGUGGAGGAUGUCGAUGCCAAUUCUCCCUCGCCGCUGUCCGAAGCCGCCGAAGCCGUUGUAGAAAUCCUCAUCUCCGCGUCCGGCGAUUUUUCGCCAGAGAACGAAAAGGCCAUUCGGAAUUUGGUGGAGAAGUUUAUAUCCUCGCUCAACGCCGCCGAUGGAGUCGAUGCCGAGCGGCGACAGAUGCCCUUUGCCGCCAAAAAGCUGGACCAGACCAUCAACGUGGGCCUGCAGAAGAAUGUAUCCUCUACGAUGGGCUUGGUGGGCGGCACAACUGACCUGGAGUCUGCCUCGACGCGCAAAGUCGAAUCCCGUGUCGACCGGAAGAAGCUCGAAAAGGCGGAGCGUAAGAUUAGGGCCAAACAGGAUAAGAAGACCUUGAAGAAUGUCGAGUAUGAAGCAUCCCGACUACUCGACCAGCCCGAUAGCACCCAGUCCUACGAAGAGUUCUUCAUGGCCGUCAAUCCUCUGCAGUUGGGAGCAGAUGCCCAGUCCAAGAGUAAGGAUAUCAAGGUCGACGGCAUAGAUAUCACUAUAGGCGGCCUGCGCAUCCUUAUGGAUGCCUCCUUAUCGCUGUCCUACGGCCGACGAUAUGGUCUGGUUGGUCAGAACGGUAUCGGAAAGUCUACUUUGCUUCGUGCCUUGAGCCGCAGAGAAGUCGCAAUUCCCACCCAUAUUUCUAUUCUUCAUGUUGAACAAGAGAUUACUGGUGAUGACACGCCCGCCCUUCAAGCGGUCUUGGAUGCCGAUGUCUGGCGAAAACACCUUCUUCAAGAGCAAGAUAAAAUCACCAAGAAACUUUCCGAUAUAGACGCCGAAAGAUCCUCCUUGGCAGACACAUCAAAAGAUGCUGCCAGACUUGACCAUGAGAGGGACGGCUUUGAUAUUACGCUCGCUGAUAUCCAUACAAAACUUGCGGAGAUGGAAUCGGAUAAAGCCGAGUCUCGUGCUGCCAGCAUCUUGGCCGGUCUUGGUUUUUCCACAGAACGACAACAAUUUGCCACAAAGACCUUCUCUGGUGGUUGGAGGAUGAGAUUGGCGCUUGCUCGUGCACUGUUCUGCGAACCCGAUCUUCUCUUGCUUGACGAACCUUCAAACAUGUUGGAUGUUCCAUCCAUCACCUUCUUGUCAAACUACCUUCAAGGAUAUCCCAGUACCGUUUUAGUUGUUUCCCACGAUCGUUCUUUCUUGAACGAGGUAGCCACCGAUAUAAUCCACCAGCACUCGGAGAGACUGGAUUACUACAAGGGAUCUAAUUUCGAUUCUUUCUACGCAACCAAGGAAGAACGAAGGAAGAACGCCAAGCGUGAAUAUGAGAACCAAAUGGCUCAAAGGGCACAUUUGCAAGCUUUCAUCGACAAGUUCCGCUACAACGCUGCCAAGUCCUCGGAAGCCCAAUCGAGAAUCAAAAAGCUGGAGCGUAUGCCUAUUCUGCAAGCUCCGGAGAGCGAAUAUAUCGUGCACUUUAAAUUCCCAGAGGUUGAAAAGCUUUCUCCCCCAAUCAUUCAAAUGACAGACGUCGCCUUUGGCUACACAAAGGACAAACCCUUACUUCGAAAUGUCGAUUUGGAUGUACAACUCGAUUCUCGUAUUGGUAUCGUUGGUCCAAACGGUGCUGGAAAAACUACAGUGUUGAAACUUCUUAUUGGCCAACUUCAGCCUACCAGCGGGUUGAUUUCUCAGAAUCCCCGACUGCGAGUUGGUUACUUUGCUCAGCACCAUGUUGAUGCUCUGGAUCUGAAUGAUAGUGCCGUUGGGUUUAUGUCGAAGAACUACCAUGGCAGAACUGACGAAGAAUAUCGUCGACACCUUGGCGCGUUUGGCAUUACUGGUAUGACCGGCCUUCAGAAACUGGGCCUGCUCUCUGGAGGUCAAAAGUCCCGUGUUGCAUUCGCCUGCCUGUCGCUCACCAAUCCUCACAUUCUGGUACUGGACGAGCCUUCCAAUCACUUGGAUAUCGAAGCCAUGGAUGCCCUGUCAGACGCCCUCAGGAAUUUUGAAGGAGGCGUUCUCAUGGUGUCUCACGACGUGACCAUGCUCCAAAAUGUCUGCACUAGCCUCUGGGUUUGUGACGAUGGCCAUGUCGCCAAGUUUGACGGAGACGUCAAUGCCUACAAGAAGAAGAUUUCUGCCCAGGCCGAUGCGGCAGGUGUCGCCAGGGCCCAAGGAUACGCUAUGGGGGACCGAAACGCUGUGGACGAGCCACUCUUGGCCAACAAUGCCGAUGCUGUUGAAGAGACUAUCCAUGACCUUCCAGAAACAUUGUCCAAUGAUAUAGGAGGUUUUUUUAUCUGGACAUUGACCCUUUCCGCAGGGAUCAGUGGUCUCUUAUUUGGCUAUGAUACUGGUGUUAUAUCCGCAACUCUUGUCUCCAUCAAGGCGGAUCUAUCGGGAGAAGUCCUGACUACCAUGCAAAAGAGCGUUAUAACCUCUUCCACAAGCUUAUUCGCUCUGUUUGCGAGCCCCCUCGCUGGCGUAUUUGCCGACAGAGUCGGCCGAAAAUACGUUAUUCUUGUAGCUGAUGUGCUUUUUACUAUGGGAGCACUGGUUCAAGCACUGGCGUCGACGGUCUUUGGUAUGGUUGUAGGGCGAAGUAUAGUCGGUUUAGCGGUGGGAGCUGCCAGUAUGGUGGCGCCUUUAUACAUAUCAGAGCUUGCUCCCUCGGAGCUACGCGGGAGACUGGUGACAAUAUUGAGUCUCUUUAUAACCGGCGGUCAAGUCGUUGCAUACGUCAUCGGCUGGCUCUUUUCGUACAUGCCCGGUGGCUGGCGUUGGAUUGUUGGACUUGGUGUUGUUCCUGCCCUGGGGCAACUUGUUCUUUUGGCCUUUCUUCCCGAAUCUCCUAGGUGGCUUGUCCAAGCGGGUCGCAGCGCUCAAGCAAAGGCAGUCUUGAUAAGGGUUCUCGGUUCAGACCCGCAAGCUGAACGGAAGGCGGCCAAAGUGCUGAGAGCGAUUGAGGACAAUGUCUCAGAGGAGACAGCUGAGCUUGGUUCGGCCAAGACCAGUGGACUCAACAAAGCCAAGCGAACGUUGAUUGAGCUCUGUGGAGUUGGCGGCAACCGACGAGCCUUGAUCAUUGCUAUGAUGCUUCAAGCCCUUCAACAGCUUUGUGGCUUUAACAGCCUGAUGUAUUUCUCGGCCACGAUUUUCCAGGCUCUUUCAUUUUCAUCUCCAACACUAACUUCUUUGGCCGUUGCCGGAACGAACUUUCUCUUCACGCUGCUUGCAUUUUCUCUGAUUGACCGCAUCGGCCGACGUCGCAUUCUACUUCUGUCCAUCCCAUUCAUGAUAAUUGCAUUGCUUUGUUGUGCACUUGCAUUUUAUGGGCUUGAUUCGACACAUUCGUUAUCAUUAUCUGACAAAGAUCAAGCAGAGCCAUCGGGGACAUCGUCGAUUCCAUUACUCAUCUUACUUUUUAUUACCAUGUACACAGCUGCAUAUGCAGUAGGUCUGGGAAACGUACCAUGGCAACAAUCAGAAUUAUUCCCUCUGUCUGUACGCUCGCUUGGGUCUGCUCUGGCCACAGCAACAAACUGGGGCUCCAAUUUUGUCGUCGGUCUCACAUUUCUUUCCAUGAUGGAAACGCUCUCGCCUGGAUGGACGUUUGUUGUAUAUGCAUUGCUAGUUCUGUCUCAUUUUCCCAUCACACAACUUAUGGCUGGCCAAAGCCCCAUCUUCCGGCUCCCCACUGAGAUUGUUCAGCACAUCGCUAGCUUUCUUUUCGAUGACGACCUGUGUGCUUUUUCUCGUGCCUGCGUCUCCUUUGCAGCACAGGUACUGCCCCCUAAUUCCUCGGUUUGGAGGAGCAAAUUCGAGGACCAGUAUGACUCGGUACGGCACUACACAAGCGCGCAGUUAAAGGUCGAAUACCAGACAAGAGCGCUUGUUCUUUCGCAUGCGAUCUCGUUUCGGCACGGAGAGACAGAACAAGGGUAUCUGUGGCUCGAGGUCUUGCAGACUCUGUUACUGGAAGCCCUUUUCUACACCGGCAGUGGGGAUUCUUUUCAGCCUCUGUCAAAAAACCUGGAGAGGAUUGCGGAGGUGAUUCAACAAACUGAUUUCCUGUCGAGACCUAUUACUGGAUAUGGCGAUCAAACGGUGUCGGAGCCGUCUGGUCUCUUCUGUGCCGUUCAGCUGUGCCUCACUCACUUAUCCUUCAACACAAGCUAUUCUCGGUCGUGCUCACGAGACGAUUACAACAUUGAGUAUGUUUACUCUUAUAACUCCCUCUUUCACAUACCGCUCGUCGAUAAAGGCAAGGUGGACUUGAAGAUGUUGUUGCACGUACGCAACUUUUGGCAGCGGCAUUUUACCAGUCCUCUCGAAGAUACCUUUUUGAAAUCGUACCAGGAUAUUGGUGAGAGACCUGACACUUGGACUUGCCCAUUUGAACAGAGGGAUACAUUCAAGACUUACUGGUUCGGGUAUUAUUCAUUUAUUCAUCCUUACCCAGGAACCGCCAAAGAUCUGAAGAGUCGCCAAACAAGCGCUGAUUUAGGGGAACACGCAGCAGCCGAUAACUGCGCAAACUCUCUAAGCUUUGAAACCGACGAUAAUCCUCAGAACUGGCCACAUUUGGUCAACGAGAUCAUUCCCAUGUCAGUCGAUUGUCCGAAAAGAGUGUUCUUCCGGGGCACACAGACAUACUACAACAGCACAGGUAGUAUUUCCGAGAUCUUCCUCGUCCGAGGUUUCCUUGAGCCUAUUGCUGAUCCGCAAGGAGGCAUUCCCGGCUGGACUCGUGUCUGCUUCAUCAGUUAUGACGCCAAUCGAGACGUGCUCGGUACCUUUGCCCAGGAAGACGAUGGCCGGACUGGACAGCAGCAUGAAUCCACACAUUCUUCUUUCCCUGACGAAGAUUGGCCCCCUGUCGAUUUGGAUUCGAGUUUUCACCAGAUUUAUGGAGCAGAGGGCGUAAUCUUACCAGGGGGGAGGAUUAUGUUGGGACAGUGGUUGGAUGUCCACGACGAGGGAUUUCUGGGCUGUGCUCGAGGGCCUUUUGUAUAUUGGGAUGCGUAA